ACUGGACUUUAUCCUGAAGCUCAGAAACACAAGCCUCUGUAUGUGUGUGUAUCUUCAGUUUUCAGAGGCACACAGCUGCAGCUCAGAUGGAAGAGGACACCAAGAGUCAGGAUCACUUGGAAGAUGGACGAGGCCACAAAUUGGGCAAGGCCGACUCACCUAUCAGACGACAGAGUAAAAUAAACCAGCCAAUCAGAACAGAGAAGGCGGACAUGAUUUACACCAUUGAAGAUGUCCCACCAUGGUACCUAUGCAUCCUACUGGGACUACAGCAUUACCUGACAUGUUUCAGCGGCACUGUUGCAGUCCCGUUUCUUUUGGCUGACGCUAUGUGUGUCGGACGCGACCAAAACACUGUAAGUCAGCUGAUUGGAACAAUUUUCACCACUGUUGGAAUCACAACUCUGAUCCAGACCACCUUGGGAGUCAGGCUUCCUAUGUUUCAGGCCAGUGCUUUUGCCUUCCUGAUUCCUGCUCAGGCGAUCCUCAGCCUGGACCGUUGGAGGUGUCCCAGUGAAGAUGUGAUUUAUGGGAACUGGAGUCUUCCCCUUAACACUUCCCAUAUCUGGCAACCUCGCAUCAGAGAGAUCCAGGGAGCCAUCAUCAUGUCCAGUCUGGUGGAGGUUGUGAUUGGUUUGUGUGGAUUACCUGGUCUACUGUUGGAGUACAUCGGUCCACUCACCAUCACACCAACAGUCUCCCUGAUCGGUCUGUCUGUGUUCACAACUGCUGGAGACAGAGCCGGAUCCCACUGGGGCCUAUCUGCUUUGUGUAUGCUGCUGAUUGUGCUAUUUGCUCAGUACCUGAGAAGUACAUCACUUCCCAUCCCUGUGUACAGCAGAACAAAAGGACUGACUUCCACUAGAGUCCAGAUCUUCAAGCUGUUUCCUAUCAUCCUCGCCAUAAUGGUGGUUUGGCUCGUCUGUUACGUUCUAACUUUAACUAACCUACUCCCUAACGACCCGAACCGAUAUGGACAAAAAGGACGAACCGAUGCUCGUGGGGAUAUCAUGGCAUCAGCCCCGUGGUUCAGGAUGCCCUACCCAUGUCAGUGGGGAUUGCCAGUGGUAACAGUUGCUGGAGUGUUGGGGAUGCUGAGUGCAACCAUGGUGGGUAUUGUGGAGUCAAUUGGAGAUUAUUAUGCCUGUGCCCGUCUGUCAGGAGCAACACCACCUCCAAUUCAUGCUAUCAACAGGGGGAUCUUCAUUGAGGGCAUCUGCUGCAUCAUAGCAGGCCUGUUAGGGACAGGAAAUGGAUCAACCUCCUCUAGUCCCAACAUAGGUGUUCUUGGAAUCACCAAGGUGGGCAGCAGACGGGUGGUGCAGUAUGGAGCUGGGAUCAUGUUCAUCCUUGGAUUAGUUGGGAAGUUCACAGCUCUGUUUGCCUCUUUGCCAGAUCCCAUCCUUGGAGGAAUGUUCUGUACAUUGUUUGGUAUGAUCACAGCCAUUGGUCUUUCGAACCUGCAGCUAGUUGAUCUAAAUUCGUCCAGAAAUCUGUUUGUUCUUGGGUUCUCAAUGUUCUUUGGCCUAACCCUGCCAACAUACCUGGACACACACCCGAAUGCCAUCAGCACAGGUCUUGCAGAACUGGAUCAGAUUCUGACAGUUCUUCUGUCCACUGAGAUGUUUGUUGGAGGUUUUCUGGCUUUCUGUCUCGACAACACAAUACCAGGUACGAGGGAGGAGCGAGGACUAGUCCAGUGGAGCUCUUCAGGCUUCUCCACCUCCACAGGAACCUCCUCCUACAACUUUCCUCUGGGGAUGGAUGUGGUCAGACGGAUUCACUGGCUCCGCUGGUUUCCCAUCUGCCCUACCUUCACAGGUUUCAAGGUGUCUGAUGAAGCUCUGCCUCCUGUAGGGGAGGAGCAGGGAGGAGGAGAAGAGGAAGUGGGUGACGUCCCACUGCCAAGUACCAAGGUGUGACAGUGAAGUCAUCAACCUGAACCAAUUAGGGCAGCAGGAAGUGUCUAUCAGAUAUAAUUUGAUCACAUUAAAGUUGCAGUUUCUUCCAGAUGACUGAAUAGCUGAUCAGAAGGUUCAUCCAUUAAUAUGAUUAUUGAAUAAAUUAUGGCUCCUGCAGCUGGAAUGACUUAUGACAGUCCCAAUGAUUUAUGAUUAUGCCUGAACACGUCCUGUUUUCCAUCUGCUGUUGCUCCACCGCCUCUUCACCUUUAGUUUUAGAACCUGGAUGAAGUGUUUCAGUAAGAAGCUUUUUAAGCUUUUAAUAAAUUAAUUCAACUGUG